AUGGCCGCCCUUUCAAAUCUAGAUCAAAACAUCCAACCAAGUUUACAAUCAAGCAACAACGAGAAGGCAGUGGCGUCAGGCGAGGAGAACAACACACCAACAAUGCAGGACACUACCGGCCUCGAACACAAGUCUACCAUUCUCAACGGCAAACAAAGUGGAGCCUACAUCAGCCCAAGCGAUGCCAUCCUGAGCCCGGCAAGCCAGAAACUAUCGAGCUUCAAGCAGAGGCAAAUCAUCAAGGACAGUACCGGCAAGAAGCCUACUUCUCGCCUCCUCUUCUCGAAGACUCCAAGUAGCUGCUCAGGCGGCUCGGACGACAUUGGUGAGGAUGGCGACAAAGCCGAAAACAAUUAG